AUGCCCCCCCUGCAAUUCGUGCCCGCACGCGAUUCGCGUCACCGGCAUGCCUGUCUCGCCCUCUACCGCGCCCUCGUUCGCGAAGGCCGCCGCAUCCCUCUUCCAACCGACAUCCUGGCCGACCAGAGCGCCCACCCCAUCCAGCACAUGAUCAGAAAACAGUUCAGGAGAAACAAGGGCGAUACGGGGCCGCGGGUUGUGUUUGCGGCAUUGACUGCCGGUUACAAGUUCCUGUCCCUCUUUCGACAAGCCCAAACGACAUCUUCCACAGCCCAUGCCGAAGUCCUCGCCCAUGUCAAACGAAAGCGACUCGAGUCGGCCACGUCUCGCGCAAACUACAAACCGAAACCGCCACAGCUCGACAAGCCCCAGUUCUGUCCCAAGCCGCCGCCGCUCCUCACGCGGCACCGAGACCCCGACGGCUCCGUCUCCUACACAUCCACCCUCCGGCCGGCCCCCUCUUCUCAGCUGCGAGGCCGCCGUCGCAUACCGGUCGUCUUUGUGACUUCGCAGGGCGUGCCCUUUCUCCGCACCAAGAAACCGCAGCCCGUGCGGCUCGAGUGCGCGCUCCGACGCCAGGGCCAGCGACGGCAGGCACGCGUGACGCAAGCGAUCGAAUUGCGCGAGGUGAGUACUCCGGCGGCCAAGGACGAAGACAAUUGGGAGAGGCUCGUCGAGGGUCUGCAGCGCGAGGAGGGACGAGGGCGGGAGCGAGAGCGAGAGGGUGACAGCGAGACGUUUGCGGCAGCGGUGCAGACGGGGUGGCAAGCGCUGGGACGCAGCCUGCAGAACGAACGACUCGACUGGGUCGCGAAGACGGAGGCGUAUGUGAAGAUCGUAGACGAGGAGAGGAGGAUGGCGAAACUCGAGGCUGGGUUGGUGGAGGACCGAUGGGCGACUGCCCAGGCUGGCCAGGCUGGGAAUGGCCGAGACCAGUCCAUAUUUGGCCACACCUCGCCGAUCACUGACGAUAGCCUCAUUGCCGCCACCAUAGCGCCGUGUCGUAUGCUGCUCGUCACAGCCGGCGCUUGUCAGCCUCGUGCUGUCGUCCCAGGACCCCAAUUCUCGGGCCGCGCGUGGGCGGGCGAGCUGCAGGCAGGAUGCGGCCCUGUAGCCGAUGUGGCGAACGCUGGGGCUCGCGACAUGUUGCGGGAGGCGCAUGCUGUGACGGGACCUGUUUGCGAGGGAUGCAGUCAUCCUUCGGAUGCUUGUCGCAGGAAGGCCAUCCGUCAGAGAGAGGGCGGUGAUGAGGUAGAAAUGUGA